AGGGGCAGUAAGGAAGAAUUUGUGAGCUUCAGUGAGAUGGAAACAUCGACCGAAGCUCGUGUCGAGAAACCUAAGUGUGCGGCAGCACGUGCUGAUCAGGAACGCAAGGAGCGCGACAAUGUCGCGCAGAUCCUGACGCGAUGUCGCGGCGUCAUGCGCGUGCCCACACGCGGGGUGAACUUGUAUAUGGGGUACACGGACACCUUGACUGAGAUAAUCGCAUAG